AUAAAAUCAAAAUUAAAAAUCACAUAACCUAAUCCGCCAUUGCCGAAAUUCUCGUCUCAUUUCCUGUGAUGAGCGCUGAAUCUAGGAAGCUUUAGCUGAUCACAAGCGUCGGAGGCUGCAUGAGUGGCUUAGAACCUCGCGGGUUCUUCUUCUUCAAGUUUUGGAGCUUGAAGCAAUGGCUAUGGCAGCUAUGGGUUGUGGAUGUACGGUCCCUCUUUCGCAGUCGGUUUCUCUCGGUUUCUCCGCUGAGAAAGCUUCGGUUUUUCCAGGGCCGCGGUAUUCUUCUCGAGUUCGCUAUCGCUUCGCUUCUCUUCGAUGGUUGAGUUCCAAUCGCCUUUCUCUUGCUUCUCAUCGAUUUGAUGCUUUUAUCUCAAGUUGUUCAAUUACCAACACCGAUACACAGUGCACCCACGUUGCUACUGAGGACGAGGCCUCUGAAGAAUUAGCAGAACAGGAUUGUUCAGUUCCAAUUGUUAAUCUCAAAUCCAAUAUCCUUGAUGCUGAGCCUCUGAGUUUACUAACUGAAGCGACUUAUGUGGAUUGCCUACUGACAACGCUGCCUGUUUUAUCAGAGGAGGAGCAGCAUGCCCUUGCGGCUACUCCAGCCCACCCAACAGGAUUAUAUGCUUUAUAUGCUAGUUGCUUGGCUGGAAAUUUAGUGGAACAGCUUUGGAGUUUUGCUUGGCCAUCCGCUAUAGCAUUGAUACAUCCUAGCCUUCUACCGGUGGCAGUCAUGGGUUUCUUCUCUAAGGUUGCAAUAAUUGUUGGAGGCCCUUUAACUGGCAAGUUUCUAGAUUACUUUCCUAGAGUCCCCGCAUAUAAUUAUUUAAACGUUAUACAGGCAGCUGCUCAAUUGUUAUCUGCAACUAUGAUAAUUCAUGCUCAUUCUGUCCCUCUGUCUUCUGGGUCAUCCUUGCUCCUCCGUCCUUGGUUUAUUGUACUUGUACUAGCUGGAGCUGUUGAGAGGCUAUCUGGAGUAGCACUGGGGGUUGCAAUGGAACGUGAUUGGGUUGUGCUGGUAGUGCCUCUCUUAGCUGUCCUUGUUCAGUUAAAAUCUAAAUGA